GAAUACGGCCACGGUAACCCCCCUGCCUGUCGUAAGAGGCGACUAAAAGGGGGAUGUAAAGGAGUGAGUUAGGCAGUAAGAAAAGAACUUAAAAGUAAUGCAAAAAUGCAAGAAGAAAAUAUAUAGCAGGCAAAAAUAAAAAUACAAAAUAUUAAAAUUGCGCGGAAAAGGAUUGGCAAGAAUGUAGCGUUCAUUGGGCAGAAAGAGACAGCGAAGUCCCUAAACCGCGCGCCAUCCUUACGACAAUUAAUUUGAUAAAAAGAGGGAAAAAUUAAAUUAAAUUAACUACCUUUAUUACUUUACUUAUACAACUGAGAAGAUAUAAUUUUUACUUCUAAUAGCUAAAUAUCGCUAAAGUCAAGUUCACGCGAUAGUACAACACUAUUAAAGUUAAGCUCACAGCACACCGUAACAAUACUAUACUAAAGAGAAACUGGAGGAACCUCUAGCUCUAACUAUUAUACUUCAGGAAUGUGCUUAUAAAGAUUAUAUUCAGGCACCAACAUAUUGGUUCUGUAAAACCGUUAGAGAGUAUGAAUUGUUAAGAAAAAUUACAUAAAUGUGAAAUUGUGAACUGCACAUGCACGUGAAUACGAUUCAUGAACACAUGGUAUUAUAUGCAACGGGUAACGACUACUGUAAUAAUGUUAGAGAAAUUAGAAACAGUGUUUCAUUUAAUAUUAGUAGACAUGUAGUUCGCAUUAUUCAAGAAACGUUUUGUGAUUUAAUUAAACCAACAGAUUCAUUUUAAUUAACUAAGGUUAAUAAUAAACUCAUUUGUUCCAUGAUUUCCCUACUGAAGAAUACGUUAACAGAAAAUGACAGUAUUAGAAAUAGAAGAAGACACAGAUAAACGUUCAGUUCCUCCUAGGAAGAAAAUUUGUUUAUCCCUUUCAGGCCGUGAACGUAUACGUAGCAACAUCUCUCAGGUUCCUAAGGCUUUGAACAGAGAGAGCCUUGUGAAUAAAGAUACUUUUACAUAUAGUACAAGCAAAAUGUUGAAUGGCUACCGUAAUCAACUGAGUAAUCACCAAGAUGGAAGUUACGAUGUGUCAAGUAGUGGUACAGAAGGAUUAAGAAUAGCUACAUUGUGUAAUUUAGGAAAUACAUGUUUCUUAAACAGUGUGAUAUAUACCUUACGAUUUGCACCAUCUUUUUUACAUAAUUUACAUCACUUAGCCACCGACUUGUCUAAUUUAAAUGAUAAGCAACUUCAAGUUAAAAUAAAAUCAUCAUCGUUGGGUGGAACUGGUGCAUCGCUUACAUCAAGCAGCAGUCGUAGUUGGAGUAGUAAAGAUUUGUUAGCUCUAGCUGGACCUGCCGGAGAUAACAAUAAACACAGAAUACAAAUAGCAACUGAAAAAUUACACGAAUUAUUUAUGGCGUUACACGCGGCCGAAGUGAAAGAGAACAGUGAACCGUAUCAACCAGACGCAUUUUUACAAGCUCUUAGAGAAGUGAAUCCUAUCUUUGAAGGAAAUCAGCAACAGGAUGCUCACGAACUUUUAGUGUGUUUACUUGAUAAUAUCAGAGAAACUUUUCACUUGUUAGUCAGACAUAGAGAAAGUCAAUUUGGACAAAAUAAUGACGGAUUAUCAAAUUUGUCUACAGACCAUUCAGUAGAUAUACAAUCAGAGGAUAGUAAUUCGAAUAAAAGAAGUAUUCGAAAAUUUAGAAAAAAGAAAAAAAUAACAACAAGAGGAAGUUCUUCUUGUCUUGUACAGCCAAAUUUGAAUGGUGUAUCAGUAUCUUCUAGACCAUACGAAAAUAUGAAAUAUUAUAUGAAAUAUUGUAUGAAAUACGAAAACGGUCAUGCCGAGUUUACGGAAAGUAAUGGAGAUGUUGGCAGUCAUAGACCUGAGAGUAAAACGUGUUUCAUUUCAGAAGAUUUCGAAGGAGUUAGCCUUUUACAAACCACAUGCCUUGAAUGUGAACAUGUUACCGAACGAAAAGAAACAUUUUGCGAUAUAUGUGUGCCUAUUGAUAUUGACAGGUCCAGCGAAGAAGACGAAGAAGUAAGACCAAUGGAUAGUAGUGAAGUAUACAGGCGAGCAGUAGUUACUAGUGAACUUCUAUGGGGUAGAGAUAAAUAUUGGUGUGCUCGUUGCCUUCGGUAUAACGAAGCUCGAAGAGCAGUAUGUUUCCCAUCUUUACCCCGGUUACUCAUAUUGCAGCUGAAAAGAUUUUCUACCGCAGCUGGGUCAAUGGAAAAAAUUAAUAAUCAUAUGCCAACACCAUUAACUUUACAAUGCUUCUGUGAAGAAUGUAUCAAUGAGCGUGGAACUACAGGCAGCAGAUCAGAAUCGCGACACGUGUACAAAUUGUAUUCUGUAAUCAUGCACCAGGGGGCAACAAUGACAGCUGGUCAUUAUGUUGCUUACACCCGUUUACCUGAUGAAUCUGCGUUUACAGAAUAUUUUCAGUGUGAUCGCGAUUGCAAGCGACAAACUUCUGGUCAGGGUAAUAGUGGCAGCACAAAUACGAAUUCAUCUUCAUCGGACAAAACGUCCGGUAUACUAAAAUACUUCAGGAGUAAACCAAGUGUUAGUGAAACUAAGGAACAAUUAAUUAGGGUCGGCUGUCGAAGUAUUGAUUGUUGCGGUAUUCGACGUCACAAACAUCCUAGUAUUUGGUUGGAAUGUGAUGACGAAGCAGUACAUGCAAUUCCAUUGCGAGAGUUAGAAGAUAAAUUAGCACCAAAUCCGCGAAAUUCCGCCACCCCGUAUCUUUUGUUCUAUGUGAGAUCCAUGACGUAAAAAUUCGUGUUUUUUUUUUCUCUUUCAAAACGGCAAAACUAAAGAACUGAGCUUGCAUCCUUUUGUGAGAAACUACACAUUCCAAAUCUCUGUUUACUCUGAAUGUGCUAUAUCUAAUUUAAAUGAACGUGUAUAAUUUUCUAGAACGUAAAUCGUACUAUUAAAAUCAUCUUAAAUAUUAGAAUUUAGAAGUUGAAUAAUUACGCAAUAAGUUUUCCAAUCUAAACGAUACUGUUACUCUCAAGUCUUGUUGUUAAUGCUACAGUGUCAAUUUCUAUCUAGACGACUAACGUUAGUUGAAACGCGAAGUGUUAUAUUUUUAAGUUAUCACUGUAAAAAUAAAAAUAUGUAUUCUUGAUUUAA